GCACAGCCCCUGCCCUAGAGCCCUCUCGAUUCUGAGCACUUACUGUUUUCGCUGAUGCCAUGCUGGGCCAAAGGGCUUUGCGAUAAAAGGCAUUUUGCCUGUAUCCGGGUUAGCUAGUUAGACAUGAAAGAAAAAAGUUGAAUGCCUGUCUUUAUCGAAACUUUCAACGAGCGCUCGUUCUAACAUAGACUAUUAAUUAUGGUAAACUAUUCGAUACCGUUUUACGCUCUUCUUUUACGCUAACGUUAGCUAGUUAGCUGGCUAGUUAUCGUGUUCUGCUUUUCUUCUUCCUCUGUUAUUUUUUUCUACACCUAGCCAGCUAGCUAGCUCGACUGGGUUUUCUGCUUGAUAUGUGAACUUGAUCAUGGCUACACAAGUGGCAACAGCCCUAAAUUCAAAUGGUAAGAAAAAGUCUAAUUUAGCUAGCAGCGUGAGUCAGGAUUUGAAAUCUGGCAAGUCUGGAGUAGUUGGUGGAGCUGUGCUUGGGGUAGGAAAUGGGACUAGCGUUCAUGCUAUGAAUAAUGUAGAACGCCAUCACCAUGAAUUGAACCCGAACAGCAGAGCUCGAGCUGUUCCUGCAAACAACAAUUCGAAUCAACGUGAGAAGGAAAUUGGAGAUUCUAGAUCGACGUCUUUUGCGACUUCAAAUUCUAGUAUGAGUUCGGGGAGUAUGGAGACGGGAAUGCUUGCGAGUCAUAAAGUGAAACAUGUUGGUGUCGGGGAUCAUCCUCCAUCGUACCACCACACACCACAGCAACAGUCGCAACAGCCAUUCAACCAAUUCAUUCAGCACCAACAACGCCAAAUUCACAACAACCAGCAGUCGAUACAUGGAGGAGAAAGUGGAAAUCGCCAACAUGGAGGAAAAGAAAAUGUAGUUUUAGUUAAUCAGGUCGAACGCCAUCAGCAGCAAAUGCUCAGUAAAAGUGAGGAGGACCAACCGGGCAAAACAGAGGAACGGAUGGACAGCAGGUACGACCACGCCAGUUUGGGACCAACUAAUAACAUCAACCUGUCCCAAAGUGGGAACAGCUCGGUUUCGGAGUUUAAUAGUUAUUAUGGGAAUGGAAGAGGAGGGCCUAGCUUUGAUCAACAUGGCGGACAACAAAGCCCAGGGUCUGGGAUAAUGCAUUCGGUACAACAGAAUAAUAUGGAUCAAGUCCCUCAAAACUCUCACGAAGGGUACCACAACAACCCGUACAAUCACUACCCGAACUACCGACCUGGCUAUGGUAACAGUGGAUAUGGGAUGAUGAGUCCCACUCGGCAGGGGAACAACAUGAUGGGCCCAGGCAGCAACACCGCUGCUACUAAUCAUAGCAAAGCUGCCAUGGCUGCUGCCUCUUCUGGUGCUAAUGUUGGAGGGUUUCAGAGAUUUCCAGGGCAAAGUCGGCAGCAUCCUUCAGGGGCCACCCCAACUCUGAACCAGCUACUGACAUCUCCGAGCCCUGUGAUGCGGGGUUAUGGCACUGGCUAUCAAGAUUACACUAAUCCCUCUGCUCAACAACAACAACAAUCAAGCAUGGGGCUGACUAAAGACAUAAGCUCCCAAUACGGUUCAGCUACUCAUGGUUGGGGAGGACAACAAAGAAAUCUUGCUAUGAGCCCUGGAAACAACGGACAGGGAAGCGGCAGGUCACAGGUGCCCCCUAUGGACGCCAUGGCGAUGAAGCGCUCUCAGCUCUAUGGCAUGGGCAACAACCCUUAUUCGCAGCAACAGCAGGGCGGGGGCGGGUCCUACCCUGGCCAGCCAUACGGAUCGCCUUCUCCUCACCGCUAUCCAAUGGGAAUGCCCGGGAGGGGUCAGAUGGGCAUGAGUGGAAUGCAGUAUCCUCAACAGCAGCAGCAGGUGGCGGCCCAGUACGGGCAGCAGCAGGGCGGUUUCUGCCAGCCACAGGGCCAGGGGGCGUACUUCAGCCCUCCCCAGCAGCAGCCCGCCGCCCCCACCCAGCCCCCCUACGUGCAGCCACGCCCACCGCCGCAGCAGGAGGUGUCACAGGAGCGCCAUGGCAACAGGGGCCAGUCUGCUAUGACUCCUGGAAAACCCGACCAUGACGACAGGCCUUCCAGUCUACCUGACCUGUCCGGCUCCAUUGACGAUCUGCCCACGGGCACCGACGUGGCCAUCAGCUCCGCGGUCAGCGCUUCGGGCUCCACCAGCAGCCAGGGCGAGCAGAGUAACCCGGCCCGGUCGCCCUUCUCCCCCCACGUGUCGCCACGCCUCCCUGGCCUGCGCAGUGGUCCCUCGCCGUCACCCGUCGGGUCGCCUGUGGGUUCCAGCCAGUCGCGCUCCGGACCCAUCUCCCCAGCCAGCGUCCCAGGCACUCAGAUGGCACCCCAGACACCCGGGAAUGUGUCUGACGUGGGCUCCCAUUCGACCCUGAGCCAGUCCCCCAUGUCUCAGGAGAGAGGGUUCCCACCUGCCAUGCAGCGGAACAGCCAGGUCCCUCAGCCGUUUGGCCCUCAGCACUCAGGGCAGGGGCCCCCAAUGUCCCCUCACCCGUCCUCCGGAGGCUCCAUGCACCACCAGGGUUCCUUCCACCACCAGCAGCAGCAGCAGCAGCAGCAGCAGCAGGGGGGCGCCGGCCCCUCCUAUGGACCCCAGACUGGCCAUUAUGGGCCCCAAGGUAAUUACCCACGGCCGUCCAACUACGGCGGCGCCCCCAGUGCCAACUACAGCGGCCCCGGCCCCGGCAUGAGCAAUAGCCUGGGGAUGAAUGCCAGCAGCCCCAUGCACGGUCAGGGGCCCGGACAGCCCUGUGGCUCCAUGCCCGCGGGGAGGGGCGUGGGCCCGGGGGCCAGCGGACGCUCCUACCCUGGGGCCACCACCAACACCAUGGCACCCACGUCUCCCAGCAUGCCUCAGCCUGCCGGGCAGGGCAUGGGGCCGCCCCCGCCAAACGUCGGCCGCAAGCCGGGCCUCGAGGCAGGUCCGGGGCCCGGCACCAACGUCGCGCAGGGUCCUAACGCCGGCUCCAGUGGUUCCGCACAGGGCAGACCUCCCUACGUGCGUUCGCCGACCUACCCCGGCCAGUCUUGGCCUGGGGCACGCCCUCCCCUCUCUCCUUCCCCCCGUCCCCACACACAAACCCCCCCACACCCCCAAACCCACCCACAGCACAGUCCUCACCCCCAUCGUGGUUCCUCCUCACCCCCCCACCCCCACUGCCCUUCGCCCCGGCCUCAGCACCCCCAGGUCAGCGGCGCUCAGAUCCACCCUGUGAUGAAGCAGCCGGCCGAUCAGUAUGGGCAGGGCGGGGCUCCCAUGUCCCACCACCCAGGCAUGGGGUCCUUGGGGCCUGGAGGGAUGGGAUCCUACGGCCUGCAGCCAGGGGCCCACACGUCUGGAAGGAUGACCCCGCAGGGGCCACACCCCCUCUACAACGCACCCCCUCCCUCUGGGCCCAUGCAGACAAGUGGAGAGGGGAUGGCGGGUCCACCCGACCCCAAACAGAGACCUCCGGAGCAGCACAGGGAGGGCACCGCCCCUGCCACCGAACCCCCACCCAAAGCCAAGGACAGCUACAGCCUCUCUCAGUGUAUGUCCCAGCCCCCCGCCCCCUGUCCCCUGUCCCCCAGCCCGGCUGGUCUGUCCCUGGGUCAGGGUGCGGAGGACAGCAGCCACCCGGCUGUGGCUGUUCCCUGGCCAAAGACCUCAGCCAGCCCUAAGCCCAGCCCGGCCACCAUGACCAACGAGAAGAUCCGUGUCCUGUAUGAGAUGGGGGCGGAGCCUGAGAGGCGGGCGUGGGUGGACCGCUACCUGUCCUUCAUGGAGGAGAGAGGGACGCCGGUUCCCAUGCUGCCCGCUGUCGGCAAGAAGCCCCUGGACCUCUGUCGCCUCUACCUCUGCGUCCGAGAGAUUGGAGGCCUGGCCAUGGUGAACAAGAACAAGAAGUGGCGCGAGCUGUCCACCCACCUCAACGUGGGCACGUCCAGCAGCUCCGCCAGCUCGCUGAAGAAGCAGUACAUCCAGUACCUGUUCGCCUACGAGUGCCGGGUGGAGCGGGGCGAGGAGCCGCCACUGGAGAUCCCGGGGGAAACGAAGAAGCAGGCCCAGGCCAAGAUCCAGCCCCCCUCCCCUGCCAACUCGGGGUCUCUGCAGGGCCCCCACACCCCCCAGUCCACAGGAAGCAGUUCGAUGACCGAGACGUCUGAGGCCAUGAAGCGCCCCACGCCCGCCACCACACCUCACGGACACAUGACCCCCCAGACGGUCAACAGGACCAGUGGUGGCAUCAGUGUCCAGGACCCCUUUUCUGAGGUCAGUGACCCUGCCUUCCACAAGCGGGGGCCCAUGCCCCCUGGUGGCCCCUACCAACAGAGCGGAGGCCCGGCAGACCCCAUGAGAAUGCAGUACGACGCCAACAAGGAUCUGUACGGAGGGCCCCGGAAGGGUCCAGGAGGCGGUGAGCCGUACGGGCCGGGUCAGAUGCCCGGCGGCGCCAUGCAGGACAUGUACCCUCGGGGGACCCCCCCAGCUGGCAUGCCAGGGAUGGGCAUGGGCCCUGGCUCACGACCCCAGUACCCAUAUGGGCCGGGCUACGACAGGAGACCAGAGCAUGUCAUGGGUCAGGAGGGGGGUAUGGCUCCCCCUGGUGGUCAAAACAACAUGGGCUCUUCCAGCGGGGACCCAAGCAUGUAUUCCUCCAACAGAUACCCUAAUCAAAGGCCACAUGGACACGAGGGUUACGGCCAGCAGCCACACGGCCCCCUGCCCUACGCCUCUCACCAGCCAGGAAUGUACCCCCCUCAGCAGGGCUACAAGAGGCCAGUGGGACCAGAGGGGAUGUAUGGACCCCCCGCUAAACGCCAUGACGGGGAGGGAUACAAUAUGCAGCAGUACGCGGGCCAGCAGCCGGACAUGUACAGUCAGUACGGAGGGGGGGGCUACCUGGGACCAGAGCGCAGGCCCAUGCAGGGCCAGUAUCCCUACCCCUACAGCCGAGACCGUAUGGGGGCCAGCCAGGGCCCCCCGCAACAUGGCAUGAUGACCGGCGGGCCCCCUUCUGGGGUCCCUGCGGAGGGCCCCCAGGCCAACGUGUGGCACCCCAGGACAGACAUGGGCUACCCCGGGCCCUACCCCGGACGACAGGGCCAGGGACCCCCUUACCCUGGCAUGGGCCGGGGUCCAGGGGAUGACCCAGAAGGCAGGGGGGGGCCCCCGGACCAGUGGCCCCCCGGGCACCCGGGCCAACGCCAGGCCCCGUACCCCCCCCACUCGUAUUCCGCUUCUUCCUCCAUGGCCUCCCGACAGCCCCCCACCUCCUACCAGUCCAGCCCCAGCAUGGCCAACCACAUCCCUCAAGCAUCCAGCCCCUCACCCUUCCCCCGCGCCAUGGGAGGCCCCGGGCCCCUGUCUCCCAACAAUGCGGGCCACUACGUGGGUUCUAUGAAGAAGGCAGGGCUGUCCGGGUCCAUGGCUGGCCCACACGGUGCCGGGAUCGCUGGACAGGGCAUGCUGCCCCUCCACAGAGAUAUCAGCUUCCCGCCAGGCUCAGUGGAGGCCACACAGCCCAAGCUAAAGGCCCGACGCAGACUAACCUCCAAGGACACUGGAACCCCAGAGGCGUGGCGCGUGAUGAUGUCCCUGAAGUCAGGUCUGCUGGCAGAGAGCACAUGGGCCCUGGAUACCAUCAACAUCCUUCUGUACGAUGACAACACAGUGUCCUCCUUCACUCUGUCACAGUUACCUGGCUUUCUGGAGCUGAUAGUGGAGUACUUCCGACGGUGCCUGAUUGAAAUAUUUGGGAUCCUGGAUGAGUACGAAGUGGGCACCGAGGGCCAAAGGACACUGCUUGGACCAAUCACAGACCAGGAAGAGGAGGAGCCUGUCAUUCCAGAGCUCGACUGCCAUUCAGACGAAGAACAAAGGGCUGGCAAGUCAGAAGAGACAGGUCCAGAAAAGCCCACAGCCAACCACAGCACAGAGGUGGUCACAGAGGAGCCCCCCAUGGAGGUCACGGUUAAAGAGGAGAAGGUGGAGGGGGAGACCGAUGAGGCAGUCCCUGAGGACUCUGAGCCCAUCCAACCCCAGGCGCCCCCAGAGCCCAGACCCAAACAGGCCAGCAAGUACGACAAGCUGCCUGUUAAGGUGGAGGAGAAGGAUGCGGAGGAGGACCAGGUGGAGGAGCGUCAGGGCCUUAGUCUGCCCAGGGGCUUCACCUCAGGCCUGCUGCACUGGAAGGCCGGCGGGGGGGACUCCACAGCCCACAUCCAGACCCACCUGGAGGGACGUGGCCAGGAGGCCCACGCCAGAGAGAGGAGUGAGGAGGGCGAGAGGCCGGAGCAGGAGAGGACCGAAGCAGCGGAGGGGAGCGCGGAAGAGGGGGCCGUUGCCGCGGCGACCGAGACCACCGGGGAUGCGCUGGGCCCGCUUUCAGAGAGGACCCAGAGCCCCAUAUUCACCCCGCUGGAGGACGAGCCCCGCUGCUGGGACGAGGCUCCACUGUCCACGGCCGAGUCCUGGCAGGACGCCAUGGCCCGCCGCUGCGUCUGCGUGUCCAACGUUGUCCGCGGCCUCUCCUUCGUCCCCGGGAACGACGGCGACAUGUCCCGCCACCCGGGCCUGGUGCUGAUCCUGGGCCGGCUGGUCCUACUCCACCACCAGCACCCAGAGAGGAAGAGGAAGACGCCCAGCUACCAGAGGGAGGAGGAGCAGGGCCUGGCCUGCAGCCGGGACCAGUGGUGGUGGGAUUGCCUCUCUGCGCUGAGGGAAAACACUCUGGUCACCCUGGCUAACAUCUCCGGUCAGCUGGACCUAUCCCUAUACCCGGAGAGCAUUUGCCUGCCCGUGCUGGACGGCCUGCUCCACUGGAUGGUGUGUCCGUCCGCCGAGGCCCAGGACCCCUUCACGACGGCCGGCUGCUCCUCCCCGCUCACCCCCCAGAGGCUGGUGCUGGAGUGCCUGUGCAAGCUGAGCAUCCAGGACAAUAACGUGGACCUGCUGCUGGCCACGCCGCCGUUCAGCCGCCAGGAAAAGCUCUACGCCACCCUGGUGCGCCACGUGGGCGAGCGGCAGUCCCAGGUGUGCCGGGAGAUGGCGGUGGCGGUGCUCUCUAACCUGGCGCAGGGGGACCCGACAGCGGCGCGUGCCGUCGCCCUGCAGAAGGGCAGCGUGGGCACGCUGAUCGGCUUCCUGGAGGACUGCGUGGCCAUGGCCCAGUACCAGCAGGCGUCCCACAGCCUGCUCCACCCGGCACCCCACCACGAACCGCCCAGCAUCAACAUGAUGUGCCGGGCUGCCAAGGCUCUACUGGCCCUGGCCACGGUGGAGGAGAACCGGACAGAGUUUGUGCUCUACGAGAGCCGGCUCCUGGAGAUCUCCCUGUCCUCCGUGCUGAGCUCGGCUGUGGCGGCCAUCAUGUGUGAAGUACUGUUUAAGAUCGGCCGCUCUUCGUGACAGACACACAGCCAGAGAGAAGGGGGAUUUCUAGGGGGGGGCUCGGGGCUUGGUUGAACGCGAACACAUGGGUAUGUGCGGUAUUAUAUUUUUAUUUAAAUAAAAGAACACAAAAAAAAAAUGUUUUUACAUACAAAUAUAUAUAGAAAUUAUAUAGCUCCUCUGCCCCAUUCACAACCUUCAUUUGGGAUUUUUAAAUAAUUUUAAUACAAAUAUUUAAUACUUGGUAUUUUAAAUUGUUUUCUAUUCUUUUUAUUUGUUUUGGGUUUUUGUUUUAACCAAAGUUGGCACCUCUGACAGAGAUCGUAGUUUUAGUUUUGGGGUCUCUUGCUCUUAAAAAUGGUUUUGUAAUUGUGUGGCUGUUUGUCUGUGUGGGAUCUUUCUGUUGGUUGUUUUUCUUGGGGAAGCAGACUUAUUUAAAUGGUGAAUCGUUGUAGAUAGACUCUUCUCAUGUAUUAAAAAGAAAAAAACAC